AUGGCGGGCGAAGCGCCGCUGCCCUCGGCGGCGCGGGCGCCCCCUGGCGGCGGGUCUGGAGCCGUGGCCGGGCCGGGCCGGGCCGAGGGCACCGAGGGGCUGUUCGUGGUGCUGGGCGCCGGGCUCGCCGCCGCCAGCCAUCCGCUGCUCUACGUCAAGCUGCUCGUCCAGGUCGGGCACGAACCACUACCUCCAACUGUUGGAAGAAAUGUAUUGGGAAGGAAAGUACUGUACUUGCCUGGCUUUUUCACCUACGCCAGACACAUUGUGAAAGUGGAUGGGAAGAGAGGCCUCUUCCGUGGCCUUACUCCUCGCCUCAUCUCAAGCACUUUAUCAACCAUCACCAGGGGGAGCGUGAAGAAGGCCUUUCCACUGGAGGACAUGGAACACGUAUCUAACAAGGAUGAUGUGAAGACUUCCCUUAGGAAAGUGGUGAAAGAGACAUCUCACGAGAUGAUGAUGCAGUGCGUGUCCCGGGUUGUGUCACAUCCACUGCACGUGAUCUCUAUGCGCUGCAUGGUCCAGUUUGUCGGCCGGGAAGUCAAAUACAGUGGUGUAUUCAGAGCUAUUGGCAGGAUAUUCAAGGAGGAAGGGAUCCUGGGAUUCUUUGUAGGUUUAGUCCCUCACAUCCUGGGGGAUGUCAUCUUCCUCUGGUGCUGCAAUCUCUUGGCUCACUUCAUCAACACCUAUGCAGUGGAUGAUAACUUCAGCCAAGCGUCAGUGAUCCGGAGCUACACGAAAUUUGUGAUGGGGAUUGCAAUGAGCAUGCUGACGUAUCCAUUUCUUCUCGUGGGAGAUCUCAUGGCAGUGAACAACUGUGGGUUGCGUGCCGGCCUCCCUCCUUAUGCUCCUGCAUUCACAUCCUGGAUCCAUUGCUGGAGGUAUCUCAGUAGCCAGGGGCAGCUGUUCCGUGGCUCCAGCCUGCUCUUCCGCAGAGCACCCAUGCAAGCAGCCUGCUUCCCUAUCGACUGACCCCAGCUUGCAAGGAGAAGUACAAACUUGGACUCCUUGAAGAACCCUAAGCUUGUUUCCAUAUGUAUAUUUGUUCUUUUUGAUCCAAAGUCUGUGGUGCCAGAACAAGACACCUCCUUUCCAGCAAGGCCAACCACCAGUUGGCCUGCAGUGAUCUGGCUUCAGGCUCCAGCUGAGUCAAAGCCCCUUCCUCAUGGCUAUCUCGAUCAGGACGCAUAGGAGAGAGAGCAGAAGGAUGUUUCUCUGGUCCAGGCUGUGAAUCUGAUGAUACUGGGAAAGCCUGUGAAACCAGAAAAUGCCUGGAUGCUAAAGAAACCAGCCCCAGGAUGCAGGGACAAAAGACUGCUUCGUUCUGCCUAAGCUGAGAAGCGGCAAAAGAUCCAGGGCUGCCCUGCUGGG